GCGUGCGCUAUCUAGUCUACGUCUAUCAAGUGAGAGAAUGCAUCGACAUUUUCGUCUGUCUAUCCUAGUUUCACCUCGACGCAGUGUGCUCGCAGGUGAGGCAUGUCAGCCAAAUGUGCUACGUCUAGUCUCUCAACUACGAAUGUACCUAGCUUAGGCUUGCUCAACCCUAUUAGACGGCGUCCGUGCAACAUGUCAACUCUUGAGCCUCUAACUCGUCACAUCCACUUGGACUCGGACCCCAAAUUUGUUCCUCAUGAUGGUGAUCCUCGGCUGUGCUUCAGCAAAACUUCAUCGCCGUGAUGCUUCAUUGGCUCAAUGCUGCUCUUUUGCCGGCGCAGCUGAUCACUGUUUCGUGCUGCCACGUCAGGACAACCAGCGAUGGCCGGAAGACGGAGGUGUUGGGUUUAAGACGCCCCCGAGCCGGUCAAGCUGCGCUGCACACCGGAUCACGAACUGAGACCACGGACGCUCAUUAUUUCACCAUCCAUGGUCCUGUAUCCGUUGUUCGAGACACAAAAAAAGUCAAGCUCAGGCUCCAGGACGGCUGCGAUGUCGGGCAUUUCCGGGGGGCCUUGCUCUAUCGGCUUCGCGAAGCUUGGGCUUGUACUACGUGGAGGGACAAACCAAACAAACGGCUGUGAUUUUAAGGUGCUGAUCCCUCUCAUUGCGUAGUGAUCACGUUGCGCACCUUAGGGCGAAUGAUAACGGCGCAACAGUCUCUUCCCCCUUCCAUUCUGUCUUUCCGAAGCGCCAUUGUGUUCCUUACCCCCCCGUGAAGAUGAAACGACACAGUCGGCCAACGAGACAGCAGAGAUCGGCAAGAUGAGCAGCUUAGCCCUUGGGGCUUUUGCUGUUGGCCUGCGGGAACCCUUCUGCACGAAGCCCACGAGGACCAUUUCGGGGAAAAUGUGAGAAAAGGAAGAGAAAAUUAGAGCGGCAGAGGAGGGGCAUGAGUUCGUUCUGAUGUCGCAGCUACGACCGUUAUGGCCUUGGUGCA